CUUUACUCUUUAUUUUGUUCAUUUGGCCUGUUGGACGCGAGCGAGUUGGAAGCGCGAAGUUUCGAAGGGCCUCUUCCGGUUCCCAAAGUCCGGCCAUAGAGAGCAGAAGGGUAGAACGCCUCGCGCCCCGCCAACGCCGACUCUCCACCGGCCGCCGGAAGUGCAGGGCGCCGUGCCCUUUCUCUGCGGGGCGCUGGGAUUGGCCCCUCGCCGCCGGGGGAGGCAACCUAAGCCCCGCCCCUGCCCGACGCCGGCCCAGCAGCAGCAGCGGCAGCGGCGCGCAGCCAUGAGCGAGGAGCCCGCGGCGGCGGCGGCGGCGGCGGCGGCGGAGACCUUGGAGCGGUUCCUGCAGCGGCACCCGGCCCUGCGCCUCCUCCCUUCGGGCACGCGGGUGCAGUGCACGUUGACUGGUCAUGAGCUGCCACGCCAGCUGGCUACCCUUCGAGCCUACACUGCCAGCAAGAAAUACCUUCGGCUGACCAAAGUCUCUAGCACCUGGGACUAUCGUGAAUAUGAGCCCCACAUUGUGCCCAGCACCAAGAACCCACAUCUGCUAUUCUGCAAGCUCACCCUUCGGCACUUCAACAGAACUCCCGAACAAGUUCUGCAUCAUGUUCGAGGGCGGCGGUAUCAGAAGGCCUUAAAGAGAUAUGAAGACUGCCAGAAGGAGGGUGUGGAGUAUGUCCCGGCCUGCCUUCUCCGGAGGCAGCCACGUCGACAGUGGCACCGGAACAAUCAGCCAAACGGCAGCCGGCAGCCCCACCAGAAGAGGGAGUUUUGGGAGCCUCCGCCCAGUGAUGAGGAUGGUGAGGAAACAGAUGACAGCAUGAGCGACCUGUACCCGCCAGCGAUGUUUCCAAAAGGACCUCCAGUCAGCAAGAAGGACAGCGAUGUAUUCAUGACAGACGGCAACGAAGAGGCAGCCAAGCCAGCAACAGCUGAUGCUGAUGGAGACGAGGCCGUGGAUGUGGGCUCAGCCAUGGGAGGCAAACGAAGAAACAAACAGACAGGCCCCAUCAAGAAGAAGUUCAAAAAGUCAGCCCAGAAGACCCAAGAGCUCUCGGAAAGGAAUGUUGUGUGACCCUCUUCAGUGAGCUGCGUGUGGCUGUCCUGGUCCAAUGUUGCAUAUGUGAUUUUAUUCAGAAACAUAAAACACAGCUUAUACACUU